CUCGAAGAGGAAAUACUACAGCGGAGGUGCUCGUUUUUACAGACAUAAUUUCAUUUUUUGUGUGGAAAGAGGACCGAAAUGGACAGAAGUUAUUGCUUUUUAGCACUAUGCUAAGAAUCCAGGCAGCUAUACCACCAUGCUGGAACUGGGCUCGUGUUCUGUCAGCUCUCAGUCUCUGACAGAUGACCACAAUGCUUUGGGGCAAUCUCCAGUCUCAGAGAGGCCUGAGUGUCCAGCAGCUGGUUUUGGACAGAUGUGUGGCAGCAGCAGCCCCAAGCAGCACGUCUUGUACCCCUCUCCAACGGACUGUGAAAACUGGCAGAAACACCGGGGACGGCUGGCUGGAGGUUCGAGCCUCUACUCUGAGCCUCACUCUCUCCUGGAGCCCCAGAGUCUGUCCACCAGCUACGACACCCUCUACCUCCCACAGAUGUCUGGGCAGGCUCAAAAUCUCCACCCGAACCGUGUUGGGCUCUCUCUGGAUGUGGCCACAACGUUUGACGGUGGAGUUGGGAUGCUUGGGGUGGAUGGAGAUUUGGCUGUCAGUCCUAACGUAAUCAAUAGACGACGGGGAGGCCUGAUUGAGCAGAGAGACAUUGUCAAAGCACACCAGGCCCAUAAAAUACAUAGCACACCACAGGCUCGACGUAAAGAAUGGGAAAUGGCCCGCUUUGGAGACGAUGUCCCGGGCUUGUUAAGCUCCGGGGAUGGAGGUUCGGAGCGCAACCGGAACCGCGAUGGAGCGGCCGUGUCCACAGGUGGGAUCUCCCCGGCGUUCAAGCAGACCAAAGCGCAGCGCGCCCGCACCAUGGCCCUGUACAACCCCAUCCCGGUCAGGGAGAACUGCCUCACCGUCAACAGGUCGCUCUUCAUCUUCGGAGAGGACAACGUGGUCAGGAAGUACGCCAAGAAAAUCACCGAGUGGCCUCCAUUUGAGUACAUGAUCCUUGCUACCAUCAUUGCUAACUGUAUAGUCUUGGCUCUGGAGCAGCACCUUCCUGGCGAGGACAAAACCCCCAUGUCCAAGAGACUGGAGAAGACAGAGCCUUACUUCAUAGGGAUGUUCUGUUUAGAGGCCGGGAUAAAGGUCAUCGCUCUGGGUUUUGUAUUUCAUAAAGGUUCCUACCUCAGGAAUGGCUGGAACGUCAUGGAUUUUAUUGUGGUCCUCAGUGGGAUCCUAGCUGCAGCAGGGGCUCAUAUGAACAUCUCAGUGGAUCUGAGGACUCUGAGGGCUGUGAGAGUCCUACGUCCCCUCAAACUGGUCUCCGGCAUACCCAGUCUGCAGAUAGUCCUGAAGUCAAUAAUGAAGGCCAUGGUACCGCUGCUGCAGAUUGGUCUUUUACUGUUCUUUGCCAUCCUUAUGUUUGCCAUCAUCGGCCUGGAGUUUUACAGCGGCAAACUGCACAAGACCUGCACAGCACAGCCAAGAAUACUGGAAAAUGAGACAGUGGACUCAUCUGAGUACGAGUUCCCAUGUGGCGUACGUCAGUGUCCAGCCAAAUAUGCCUGCGCAGAAACCUGGAUUGGGCCUAAUGACGGCAUCACCCAGUUUGACAACAUCCUGUUCGCAGUCCUCACUGUCUUCCAGUGCAUCACCAUGGAAGGGUGGACCACUGUGCUCUACAAUACCAACGACGCCUUGGGUCCCACCUGGAACUGGCUUUACUUCAUCCCUCUCAUCAUCAUUGGCUCCUUCUUUGUCCUGAACUUGGUGCUGGGAGUGCUCUCUGGCGAAUUUGCCAAAGAGAGGGAAAGAGUGGAAAACCGCAGAGCCUUCAUGAAGCUGAGACGCCAGCAGCAGAUUGAAAGAGAGCUCAAUGGCUACCGCGCCUGGAUCGACCGAGCAGAGGAAGUUAUGCUUGCAGAGGAGAAUAGGAAUCCAGGACCUUCCGCACUUGAUGUGUUAAAGCGAGCCACCACCAUAAAGAGGAGAGGCAUGGAUGUGCAUCAGGGCCAGUCAGGGGAGGAACAUUAUGGUGAUAUCUCUUCUGUGGGCAUGCCCAUGGCUAGAGCAAGCAUUCGGAGUGCAAAACGAGGUCCAGCAGCCUAUUUUCGACGUAAAGAGCGUCUGCUGCGGAUUUCCAUUCGCCGUGUGGUGAAGACACACACUUUUUACUGGACAGUGCUUAGCCUUGUGGCUCUAAACACGCUGUGUGUCGCCAUUGUGCACCACAACCAGCCUCUAUGGCUGUCCAACUUUCUCUACUAUGCAGAGUUUCUGUUCCUCGCUCUGUUCCUGACAGAGAUGUUUCUGAAGAUGUACAGCUUGGGGCCGCGUCUCUACUUUCAUUCCUCGUUUAACUGCUUUGACUGCAGUGUAAUCAUUGGCAGCAUCUUUGAAGUGCUGUGGGGUUUCUUCAGACCGGGAACUUCAUUUGGUAUCAGUGUCCUUCGUGCUCUCCGUCUGCUUAGGAUCUUCAAAAUAACCAAGUAUUGGGCGUCUCUGAGAAACCUGGUUGUGUCUCUGAUGAACUCCAUGAAGUCCAUCAUCUCCCUGAUCUUCCUUCUCUUUCUCUUCAUUGUUGUCUUCGCACUCCUUGGCAUGCAGCUUUUUGGUGGCAGGUUCAUCUUUGAAGACUACACGCCAACAAACUUUGACACCUUUCCUGCAGCUAUCAUGACUGUCUUUCAGAUCCUGACUGGAGAGGACUGGAAUGAGGUUAUGUAUAAUGGUAUUCGCUCCCAAGGAGGAGUGAAGUCGGGGAUGUGGUCCUCUAUCUACUUCAUAGUUCUCACUCUUUUUGGAAAUUAUACUCUUCUGAAUGUCUUUUUGGCCAUUGCUGUGGAUAACCUUGCCAACGCACAAGAACUUACCAAGGAUGAAGAGGAAGCAGAGGCAGCUUUCAACCAGAAGCAUGCUCUGCAGAAGGCAAAGGAGGUUGGACCGCUUUCCUCCUUCAUGUCUUCAGAGGGAAGCCGGAGGAGGCGGCCCUACCUGUACAGGAAAAGAGCCAUACACCGCAGCCGGCCGACCUAUUCCUACUCCCUGGAGGAGGCCCAGAGCAGUAUGAGGGAGGGCCGCCCACCUCCACCACUCAAACCCUCUAACUCUUUCAUGUCCAGGAGAGAGAGGAGAAAGAGGAUGACCAUGUCUGUUUGGGAGCAGAGGACCAGCCAGCUAAGGAGACACCGGCAGAUGUCCAGCCGAGAGAUCUUGUUCAGCAGCCCCGGCGAGGAAAAAGAUGGCCCCCCUUCUUCAGCUCAUGGACGUCCCCUGUCACUCCACCGUAAGGUCAUGCAGCACACACCAUCAGGGAGCAUGAAGCGACUGACUGACCCUCCGACUUCACCAGCCAAGAACCAGCCUCCAGGGUCCUCUGUGGCUAUGGAUGUGCCCCUAGAUGCCACUCUUGCUGGUGACAUUCCUGAACCACCUAUGUCAGUCCUGGAAUCAGAGUCUUUGGAUCCAACAAAUGUACCAAGCUUGACCUUACCAGAGCCGCCUGAAUCCGAAUCUGCUGGAGAAAAUGGAAAACUCGGCCUUAACAAACACGUUGCUGAGCGUCGAAGCCCUAGACUGAACGCAGAACUUCAACACAAGCAUGUAAAAAAGUUCAGACCUCCAGAAAAUGUUGAUACACUGACUCCUGAGAAAGGAGGUUACAUUGAGAUUAGGGGCCGAAGGGGGCAUCACUGUGACCAUCGGAACGGGACCAGAAAUCAAGCAUCUUCUCCUGGAAAUGAAGGAAAGUUAGCUUGUAGCUCUGACUUUGGAGAAAACAGAAUAAAUUCUAGGAAAGUCAAGGAGAAGGGAGAAGAGCCUGAGAACAAAGAUGGCGAGGUGUACAAACACGAAGAGAGCAGACUGGCUAACCGAAAUGAGGGAGGAAACCCUCAUUUAAAAGACAUUCUCUCUGGUGACCCGUGCCCUCGGAAGCAAGAUGAACCUCUGGACCAGUCUGAAAUGCCGACGCCCAAUAAAGCAGAGGAUAACAAUGAAGAAAAGGAGUCAGAGCAGGACCAGGAUAAGCUCAGCUUCAGUGUGAUCAUUGAGGUGCCUGAUGUGCAGUCAUCUCUUGAACUCUCCACCAUCACAGUCAACAAUAAGGACCCUGAGACCUGCAAGUCAGAGAAGGAAGAGGCAGAAGAGACAAAGCCUAUCAACUCUGUGACCCCAGACAGCAUGUUCAUCUUCAAACCUGACAACCCGGUGCGUCGAGCAUGUCAUUAUGUGGUAAACCUAAGGUACUUUGAAAUGUGCAUCUUGCUGGUCAUAGCUGCUAGCAGCAUAGCGCUGGCUGCAGAGGACCCUGUAGCCACGUCGUCAGACUGGAAUAAGGUUCUACGUUAUUUUGAUUAUGUGUUCACUGGAGUCUUCACCUUUGAAAUGAUCAUAAAGAUGAUUGACCAGGGUCUGAUCCUCCACGAUGGCUCCUACUUCAGAGAUCUGUGGAACAUCUUGGACUUCAUCGUUGUGGUGGGUGCACUAGUGGCCUUUGCCCUCACCAACGUGAUGGGAAACAAUAAAGGUCGGGACAUAAAGACCAUCAAAUCUCUGAGAGUGUUACGUGUCCUCAGACCUCUGAAGACCAUCAAAAGACUUCCUAAACUUAAGGCGGUGUUUGACUGCGUGGUAACAUCUUUGAAGAACGUCUUCAACAUUUUGAUUGUCUACAAGCUUUUCAUGUUCAUCUUUGCCGUCAUCGCCGUGCAGCUUUUCAAGGGGAAGUUCUUCUACUGUACCGACAGUUCAAAGGACACACAGAAAGACUGCCAGGGUUACUACAUUGACUACAGUAAGGAUAAGAGAGAGGUGAAAAAAAGAGACUGGAAGAGGCACGAGUUUCAUUACGACAACGUCAUCUGGGGUCUGCUCACGCUAUUCACUGUUUCCACCGGAGAGGGCUGGCCUCAGGUUCUGCAGCACUCUGUAGAUGUGACAGAGGAAGACAGGGGUCCAAGUCACGGCAACAGGAUGGAAAUGUCAAUAUUCUAUGUCAUCUACUUUGUUGUCUUCCCCUUCUUCUUUGUCAACAUCUUUGUGGCUCUUAUCAUCAUCACCUUCCAGGAGCAGGGGGACAAGAUGAUGGAGGAGUGCAGCCUUGAGAAGAAUGAAAGAGCGUGCAUAGACUUUGCCAUCAGUGCAAAGCCCCUGACUCGAUACAUGCCACAGAACCGCCACACGUUCCAGUAUCGUCUGUGGCAUUUUGUGGUGUCGCCAUCGUUUGAAUACACCGUCCUGACCAUGAUUGCUCUCAACACUAUUGUCCUUAUGAUGAAGUAUUACUCUGCCCCGCCUGCAUACGAUGCCUUCCUGAAGCACCUGAACACAGCUUUUACGGUGCUCUUCUCUAUCGAGUGUGUUCUGAAGAUCCUGGCCUUUGGGUUUCUGAACUAUUUCAGAGACACUUGGAACAUUUUUGACUUCAUCACGGUCUUGGGCAGCAUCACUGAGAUUGUGGUAGACUUGCAGCGCAUUGACACGUUCAACAUGAGCUUCUUGAAGCUGUUUCGAGCCGCUCGUCUGAUUAAACUGCUGAGGCAGGGUUACACCAUCCGUAUCCUCCUCUGGACCUUUGUUCAGUCCUUCAAGGCUUUGCCCUACGUCUGCCUGCUCAUUGCAAUGCUCUUCUUUAUCUACGCCAUCAUUGGAAUGCAGGUGUUUGGGAACAUUAAACUCAAUGAGGAGACUCACAUUAACCAGCACAACAACUUUAAAACCUUCUUAGGUGCUCUGAUGCUGCUGUUCAGGAGUGCAACAGGGGAGUCGUGGCAGGACAUCAUGCUGUCAUGUCUGGGCGGCCAACAGUGUGAAAUGGACCCAUCUCUUCCCCCUGCAACACUGACAACGGACCAGAAAGAGGCCUGCGGCUCAGACUUCGCCUACUUCUACUUUGUCUCCUUCAUCUUUUUCAGCUCUUUCCUGAUGCUGAACUUGUUUGUGGCUGUGAUCAUGGAUAACUUUGAAUAUCUUACAAGAGACUCAUCCAUCCUGGGUCCACAUCACCUGGAUGAGUUUGUCCGAAUCUGGGGGGAGUAUGACCGGGCUGCCAGUGGUAGGAUCCAUUAUAAGGAGAUGUACAAAGUUGUACGCACUAUCUCACCUCCUCUGGGCUUUGGAAAGAACUGCCCCCACAGGGUGGCGUGCAAGAGACUUGUCCUGAUGAACAUGCCUGUGGAUGAUGACAUGACCGUCCACUUCACAUCCACCCUCAUGGCCCUCAUCCGCACAGCACUUGAGGUCAAGAUAGCAAGAGGAGGAGAAGAUCGAAAUCAAAUGGAUUUGGAUCUGCAGAAGGAGAUUGGUGUUAUCUGGCCUCACCUCUCUCAGAAGACACUGGACCUGUUGGUUCCAAUUCACAAAGCCAGUGACAUGACUAUAGGGAAGAUAUAUGCUGCCAUGAUGAUCAUGGAUUAUUACAAGCAGAGCAAGGCCAAGAAGCUGCGCCAGCAACUGGAGGAACAAAAACAUGCCCCCAUGUUUCAGCGUAUGGAUGCUUCCUCUCUUCCUCAAGAAAUUCUAUGCAAUGCCAAGUCCCUUUCAUUUCUCAGACACAGUGCUGGAUCUGCUCUCACCAGAGGAGGUUUUGUAGCGCUCAGCCCCAUUUCUCCACAGGAGAUGUUCCUGCAGCCACGGCCUCACUCCAGGGAGGAGAAAAUGGAGGAGGAGGAUGAAGAUUAUCAUUCGCCGUACCCCCUGUAUCACCAUCCACAUCAACACCAUCAUCGUCAUUUACAUGCACUGGUGCCGGAGGUAGUGGAGUACAACCAUCUGAUGCAGCAGGCCAGGCAGGACCAAACAGUUAUUAAAUCACCACAGCACACUGCAUCUAUCAGAGCGUCCUCCAUGCCCAGGCUGGCUGUUGAUCCACAGCCUGCAGUGUCAGAAGACGGGAGGCUGAUGAAACGCUCCUUCUCCACCAUCGGAGAUCAGUGUGUGAACAGUCUGUGGCAGGACCAACAUUCUCUGGAGAAAAUCAGUCCUGAUGGCACAUUUAGAGCUCGUCAAAGGAGUUACAGAGGUCCCAAAAUCAGCCCUAGAGAAACAAGCAGUCGAGAGAGAGGGAGAUCGAAAGAACGGCGUCACCUGCUGUCUCCCGACGUGUCCCGUUGUAACUCUGAGGAGCGAAGCAGGGAGCCUUCCUGUGAGAGGAGGCAGUCCAGCUCACCGAGUGAAGGACGCAUGCAUAACGUCCAGAAACAGGUAAUCACAUCAGGCAGCCCGCCAAACUCGGCCUCAGAGUCCAGUACCCCACGUAACCGGCGCCAGCUGCCUCAGACGCCCUCUCGUCCGCGGCCUUAUAUCUCCUAUUCUCCUCUCGUCUGCAAAGCUUUGACCUCUCCAACCACUGCCCCCACCUGUGAGGGGCAGUACCAGCCUCAGGACGCUCCCAGUGGUUCUACAGAGACCUCAUGGCGCGCUGAGGAGAGCAGACCCCUGUCGGCGGGUCACUGCUCAACCGGAGGUCAGAUUACAGGACCAAGCCACCCAUCGCCUCACCGCUACAUAUCAGAGCCCUAUCUCCCGUUCCAUGAGGACUUCAGCGGUGAUGAUUCAGGUGAGAGGCAAGAAACACUGACCUUUGAGUCUGCCAUGGCCACCAGUCUGGGACGGGCCAACGCCAUAAGCUCUGCCCCUCAGCUCAGACACUCCUGGCAGGUUCCCAAUGGUCAUGUCCGGAAGCACUUGGUCCAGGGGAGUCCGACCGACAACAGUGAGCUGCUAAGUGACACAGAUGAGGACGACCGCUGCUAAAACUCGGACACAAAGAUGCAAACGAUGCACAGUGCAUCUGGGUACACCAGAGCGGCUUCAUAGCACCGCAGGGAGCAGAUUUAGCUCCGUUGAGGCUCGGAGAACUUUACGUUCUCAGCACCCGUAGCAUUAUAGCCAGACUGUGCAACACUGCUGUUCAUCUGGACAACUGUGUCCAUCUUCACAUGUCCAUGUGUGUUCAUAGUAACUGAAGGGAAUCUAGACAUUUGGACCUGAAUGCCUGUUUACAUGUGUGUGCUCUUAAUAAAGAAUGUGCCAAAAAAAGUGAACAGCAGAUGGGGACCCCCAAAACAUAAGUAGCCCACUGCCCCUAAAUUAAUGUGUUGCAGCUCCUCCCCAAACAAGUGUUUUGUUACAGAACAAAAAUACGGUGAGAUGUCUGUCUGACAUGUCCAAAUGUUUCCAAAAAAAUCCAAUUAAGUGCAUUUUGUGGAAGUGAAAAGUAGAGGUAGUAUAUACACGUGUAAUAAGAUGGAUGUAUUGUAGUUUUAUGUUCAUCUUUAUUGAGUGGGUUGCUGUUAAGUCUUUGCAGUGCAUAGUUGUGGGAGGAGAAAGUUCAGUGGUCAAGCAGCCAUUCCUGACUUUUCCUGUUUACAGUAAGAGUUUCUACAAGAUUUGUGGGCAUUAUAGAGCUUGAUCUUUCUGUUAUAAUGUGAAAACAAUGUAUAAGCUUGAAAAACGUAUGAUAGAUGUUUUGUCUCAGGAUCUGGGGACAUCCAGUAUGUAUUAUAAUGACCUGACAAGUCCAGAAAAAGCUAGGAACUACAUUUUAUAUUUCAAUUUCAACAUAACAAAGUCAUAGAGAGAGCUGAAAUUUUUAUUUAAUCUGUUUUGCUCACAGCCUCCACUAGCCACGUCCAGCAAAGCAGCCAUGUCCCAGUGAUGCUGCCAUGUGAACCAAGCCAAAUGUUUGUCCAAUCUCCAUGUCUCUGUGCUGGAACGCCACGCUUGAUGGCAUAAAAGAGAGCUAAUUUAAGCCAUUUUCUUGUACACAGAGCGAGGGAUGUGUUGCCUUUUUUCCUGUGAUGAUCAAUGCUAUGAAUAAUAAUUGUCAUACUGCCGUACAUGGACACUUUAACAGACAUCACAGCCGUGCUGUUGUUUAUUUCUCACUUACAUGUUGUUCCCAAUAAGCUUAUGUCUGCAGAAACAUUGUAAUUGUAUUUUCUGUGCUUGAGAGCUUUAGUAUUUUUACAUGCAUGACCAUGCAGCUGCCUGAUUACUUUUGGUGUUCAAGAAUUUUUUACCACAAAGUUAUUAGAAAACACAUGUGUAAAGACACUAUAUUGUGUAAAGUAUUUAGUCACUUGUCACACAAAAAUGUAAACUUUUGUGACAUCCCAUUCUUAUUUCAUUGGAUUUAAUAUGAUGUUGGCCCUUUCUUUGUAGCUCUAACAGCUUCAGUUCUUCUGGGAAGGCUUUCCACAUGGUUUAGACGUGUUUUUAUUGGAUUUUUUAAUCAUUCUUCCAGAAGAGCAUUUUGGGAGGUCAAACACUGAUUUUGGACGAGAAGGCCUGACUGUAAUUUAUCCAAUAGGUGUUUUAUUUGUUGAGGCAAGGACUCUGUGCAGGCCACUCAAUUUCUUCCACACCAAAUUCACUCAUCUAUUUCAUGAUCUUUUUUUUGCUUUGCUUUGGUGGUGUGUUUUUCUUUAUUUUAAAAUGUGUCCCUCUUUGCUUUCCAGAUUCAGUUCAUUCUUUAGUUUUAGUUCUGUAUUUUAAAUGUUCUGAAUGUUUUAUAGUCUUUGUUUCCCUGGUUCUUUGUAUCUUCCGUUAAUCUUGGUAAUCUCUGUAGUAUUUUGUGUUUCUGUGUAUGAAUAUGUUUGCACUCUCCUAGUGUUGACUGUGUCCUGUUAGUGCUAGUUUUCUUUGUACCCCGAUUUAACCAGUACUUUCUCUCUGUGUCUCAGCACUCCGCUAUCACCAGCUGUGUCUCAUUAUCUCAACUGCCUUGCAUUCUAGUACACAAGCUCCCCAGCAUAAAUACUACUCUUUUCUUAUUUUUUCCUGUUUUUGGAUUUUCCCCUUGACUCAGUUUGUUUGUACAUUUUUUGAUUUUCCCAAUUCUUUCAGUAAAACAUGGUAUUUUUACCUGCCUGACCGCUUCCACCUCUGCUUCACCAUCAUAUGACAGUUUCCAGGCCUUACUUUGUGCUCUCCAACAGUCAUGUUAACAUCUCUGAACUGUUCUCACAAAGCUGGCACCCUGAAAUAUUCCAAAAUGUUUUGGAAGAGUGAAACAUUAACAGUUACUUUCAAUUGAAAUAAGAGGCUGAACCCAACUCCUGAAAAUCAGCUUGAGACCAUAUUCCGUCCUCCACCAAACUUUGCCCUUCACAUAAUGCUGUCUUGCAAGUGUUGUUCUCCUGACGUGAGGCUUGGAUGCAGCGACUCAGCCACUGAAACUCAUUUUAUGAAGCUUGCUGAAUCCACUCAGUGAUUUUAUGUGGACUAGAAUUUGGUGGCUAACUUGUAGCUGUCCAUUCACUUCAACUUUGUUAUAAUGCCAUCACUUCAACUUUGUUAUAAUGCCACUAACAGUAGAAUAUUACGUAUCGAGGAAAUUGCAUUUCUGGAUUCAUUGCACCGAUGGCAUCCCAUCACAAUACCACGUUUAAGUUCUUUAGUGACCUAUUCUUUCCUAGAUGUUUGUAGAACCAAUCUCAAUGUCUUGCUGCUGGAUUUAACACAGCUGUGACCAAGGAGACAACUGAAAAACCUGAAAUCAAUGACUGGGAUGGGUGACCUAAUACUUUUAGCAAUAUGGUGUAUUUGUUUCUCAUUCCCGGCAUUCACUCUCCACUUACUUUAAACAUUACAAAACUUCAGACAAUUUGUUGUUCCCUCUGAUUAUGAUGAAUAUUUAUAUCAUGUGCUGUUGUGUUGUUGAAAUAUAAUGAGUUUUAAAUGUGAACCCAAAACAUAUCUGGACUAAGGAGCCCUCUGAAAGAAAUGUAUUUUAGCAGAAAAGACUCUGAAGUGUGUUUUACAGUAAUCAGGUUAGUUUACUGCCUCUCCUUGUAGUGUAUAUAGUAUACAUUACAUAGAACUGUCCUAAACAUGUACAGUGCAGCUUAGGACUUAACUUGGAUGUCUGUCUGUGCAAACAGCCUAAUCUGUGCCUGGGAAAGCUCAUUCAGGGUUCCCUAUCAAGACUGGAUUAUUUAGAUAGACAAGCCCUCUGGUAAAUAUGUAGUAUAAGCUGUACAAAAGUAAAUCCAUCUUUCAUCUUUAGUACCUUUGAUUUCUACUGUAAUUAUCAUGCCUGUUUAUGACUGUUUACAGAUACAUUAAGAAGAUACCUUGUCUUAUCUGCGCCGAAUUAAAUUAAAUUAGUAUGAAUUGUUAACACACAGGCCUGCAGGAGUGUUUCUGUAAUUAAGAACAGGGUGAUGCCAUUUAGGACACAGACUGCAAGGUCUAGCAUUGAUCCUUCAAAAAUAAAACUUGAAAAAAACUGGCAAAUCUGCCUCAUUUAUGUCAUGAAUGCGAUCUAAUUUAUUUAUAAAUGUCUAUAACAACCUUUGCAUGUUUGCAAAUGAGCUUUGCAGUACGCAUAAAGAUGUCAAGUAUAAAUCUGUGAAAAAACUUUACAAAGUCACACAUUAAAAUGCGAACAAAUGUUGAUAUUUUUAUAAACAGAUUCUAAGCUGGCUGUGCAGUGGCGCAGUUGGUAGCACUGUUGCCUUGCAGUAAGACGGUCCUGGGUUUGACUCCUGGCCAGAGAUCUUUCUGCAUGGAGUUUGCAUGUUCUCUUCGUGCAUGCAUGGGUUCUCUCUGGGUACUCCGGCUUCCUCCCACAGUCUAAAGACAUGACUAUUAGGUCAAUUGGUCUCCCUAAACUGCCCUCAGGUAUGAAUGGGUCUGUGCAUGAUUGUUUGCCCUGUGGGUCUCUGUGUUGGCCUGGUUGCUAAAUCUGGAUAAAAUACUUAAGUUGUUCUGGUGUAAGUUGUUGAUUGCCAACAGUAAGGAAGGAAGCAUACACACAUAUUUGAAGUACCUAUUAUUCUGUUGAGAGAUGAGGUUUUUUACUUUAUUUCUCUAAAUAAAAGUAUAUAUUUUUAAUCAGGUUCAGUCUGUUGGUGAGCCAUUAAGCAGAGAAAUAACUCACACCUACCAGGUAGAGUACUUAAAGAACAAGAACUGGGAAGCACUGCUAUAAGACAUGGAUGCUAACCUGCUAAGAGACCUGCAGUAUUUUCUUCCCCCCUUUGAAACAUUAUACCUUAUGAAGUCACCAAGUAUGAAACUUUAGGAUCACAUGUAUUGAUACAUGUGAAAAUAAAAUUCAUUUUAAUUAGCUGUAGAAUUCUGAUUCAGUCUUUAUCUGUUGUCAUUUAGUUGUCUGUUAUUAUGAAAUCAUGAAAAUUCUUACACUUAAAAUAAUUAAACCGUAUUUAAGGGUUUUUUACCGGCAGAUCAGAAAUCUAAUUCUUUAAUUUAUUAAAGAUUUUAUAAAUUUUUUUAUAAUUUAGGCAUUUUUUGCAUAGCUUGGCAUGAAUAAAAUUUUCAAAUGAUUAUUAAAAAUGUUCAAAUUGCAAUUUAAUCAAGAAACUUUUGUAUAUAUCUAGUAUUUAGACAUGCACAUUAUAUUACAUUUACAAUCUGUCGUAACAUUUGGGACUUUGUGUUUUGCUUUAUUUUAGGAUAUGUCACCCUUUUCUUUUUAUUUUCAAUUCUUUCCACACUUUUAAGAUUUCUCAUGUUCUUGUUCUUCUCCUUUGUAUUUUAUAUGUAUUUAUAUUCUGCUCCCUGGUUCCCUGUGUGUUUUAUCAGCCAUUUCUCCCAUUUUCUCAUUUUAACACCAGUUACCUGCUUUCCCUCACAGCUGCAACCUUUUUAUAAUCAACCAUCUGCUCCUUGUUCAGUAAUCAACACUCCAGCUUAAAUAUCUCUCAGUUAGUCAGUUCUUGGUCAGGUCCCCUGUUGUGGCACACAGCCUGCUCCCUUGUGGAGCUUUUUUUGAUUUACUAUUUUGGAUGUCCCUUGGGCCUUAGUCUUUAUACGUUUUAUUAGGUAUCAAGUACUUUAUUAAGUAAAACUGAUUAUUUUCA